AUGUUUUAUAUAUUUUUAAUUAAGGAUAACCUGGAAAUAUAUAUAUCUAUAAAUAGCAACUUGUUGAAAAAUGAACACUGGAACGGAAACCGCCGCUCUCGGCCCAUCAUCGAAACGGCGGAGAUGAAGGAGCCGCGGCCGCGCAAUGAGGGUCGGGGAUGGAGCAUCACCGUCCGCGCCAAAUCCAAGGGCCUGGAUCUGCGUCUCAGCGCAUCGAACCUUUUCCCCCACUGGAACAGCAGCGGUGGAGGCGGCGAAAGGAUCUCCUUCUUCCUCCGCCUCCGCCGCCGCUUCUUCCUCCAAGUCGAGUCCCACAACCAGCGCCCUGCGCGCCGAGUCCCGGCCCUGCCGAAUGCCGCCUCGGUGAAGCCGCUCCAGUUGGCGAAGAGGAUCUUCCGGCUACCGAGAUGGUUUUCCUGGAAGAAAGUGGCUCCAAAACCUGGAGCUUCCUCGGCCAUUGCAAAGCAGCAGUUGCAGGAUUUAGUUGCAGCAAUGGCAGGAAUCCUUUCCUUGAAGAAGAAGAAGAGGAGGAAGAGGAAGAAUCGACUUGGCAUUUCGAUCCAUGCUUUUGCUUCCUUGAUCUUGUUAGUUAUGCUUUUGCAUUUCUUCGGAAGAAACUUUUCUUUUUAAUUUUUUUAACGAUCUUUUCUACUUUCUAAGUAGAUUCGAAACCAAUUUUAUUUUUAA